CCUCAGCACCUCUGGCAGCUCGGGCAGCAGCUCUAGCGGCAGCAGCAGCAUGGACCUCUCCUUCAUGGCCGCGCAGCUUCCUGUUAUGGGGGGAGCCUUUAUGGACUCACCAAAUGAGGACUUCAGUACAGAGUACUCUUUGUUUAACUCAUCAGCCAACGUCCAUGCAGCUUCUUCCAUGCAGAAUCCACCAGAAGAAACAUCCCGGUCUUCAAACGAUGCCAUAUUGUUAUGGAUUGCAAUCAUAGCAACAAUUGGAAAUAUUGUGGUUGUGGGAGUGGUGUAUGCCUUCACCUUCUAGGAUGCCUGUCACUCCAAACACUGGAAGAGAGAAUAACUGCAGCAGUAUUUGUCAUGUGUUUGUAUGUAUGUGUGUAUAUAUACAUGUAUAUCUAUAUAAAUACAUAUAGGUAGGGACUUUGAGUAAGUACUGCCACAAUCACAGAAAAGAAAUGCAAGCUAAUCAUUAUGAAUCUUGAUUGCUGAAAGUUUAUGUUAUGGCAAACUAUAUGGAGGUGAGAGCUCUAAGGGAGAACAGCGCCAACACAAGAUUUGUACGGAAAUAUAAUGAAAGGCAGACCAUUGUACUUAUAGUGCAUACAAAAAGGAAGUGAGAUUUAUACAGGAAGUGCUUAUUUUCUACUGUUGAGAAUUUUCUAGACGCUUUUCUGGGUUUUGUCAGAUUUUUGUGCAUUUUUUUUACUGUGGUAUAACAUUGUCUGUAAUUGUUCUAUGUCAUAGUAGCUAAACAUGUUAGGUUUCCAGGUGGCAUAGGCUCAGUUCUGAUACAGUACAAGUUCAUUGUGUGUGCAUUCUAGCACUUGCAUAAGCUAAGCUGUGUUCAAAAUCAUGAGACUUAACACUAUGAGAGGCAGAUGCAUGCUACUUAUACUUGCCUUCCAGUAUCAAUGACUGGAUAUGAUAAUCUAGGAAUUGAUGCUCCACCUGUCUGCUGGUUGCAGGAGGCACAAAGUGUGUGUGGAAUAGAGCAGCACAAGCCCCUGUUUCGAUGUAGAGUUACUGGAUUGCAGUGACAACAGCAGUUUGUAGAUGUUUCAUCCAGGAACCAAAGGACAAAUAUCACGCUUUCAAGCUUCAUUAUUUCAUCAUAAUCCAGGUUUUCCACAGAGCACAUUCUUUCAUAAGCAUAUAGUUGUAGCAAAUGAACGUGGGGGAACUGGGAAGCCUAAUUAACAGUGAGUAAUGUCUGAUGAACAAAGUUGGGUUGAAAGAAAUAUGAAAUACUUCUGUGCUCACAAGGGAGUGAGUACAGGAGUCUGAAAUAACACAGAGAGGUAAGAGGUGGCUAGUAAACAAGUACCUCAGUCUUAGUAAGUCUCUGGGUUCUGACUCCUAGAAGUGGCUUUUAUAGAGCCUACUGUAAGUAACAGCUCUGAUCGCUGAAUUUUUUUUCUACUGGGGAACAUUUUCAUUGUAUUAUUUCCAUAAGCACUUCCUUUUCAAAACAAGUUGCAGCUGUUCUUGUUUCAGAGAUUACAAAAAUCCUGAGGGGAGAGGAAAAAAACAAAAUCACCUUUGUUGAAAAUCUCCUUCUUCCUACAAAAAGAAUAAACCACAAAAAAUAAAAACCCCAAAAUAUUUGAACUUUGAGGCAGUGAAAGAGAAAUUCUAGCUCCAAAUCUAUAUGUACUGCCUCAUGCAACUACUGUGCUAAUUCCAGAAAGCCUUGUCUGAAGGCACAGAGCCUAUUUUUGACACUUUCCUGCUACUGAGCCUGAGGCUGGACUAAGAGAUUGCAAAUCCAUUGAGAAGUUUAAAUUUUCCUUCUUUUCUCUUUAAACUCAUUUCCCUUCAGGGCUGGUGGAGAGUUACUUGAAUCAAAGCAGCAUGCCCCAAAUUGGUGAUUAGAAUUAGCACUGUGUAUACUUUUUCCUGUCUUUGUGAACUUGCUUUUAAAGAUGUAAACAUGCAAACAGCUAGCAAGAGAGAAAAAUAGAAAAAGUUAUCCUAAGGAUGAAAAAUCCAAUGACAACUCAAUUGAGAAACUGAGCAUCUGUGUGUUUAACUAUUUUCCAAUUUGGAGCAAUUCUGUAAAGAUGGUGGAGGACAGAAGAGAUCUGUUCUAAGAAAAAUCUUGAGAAUUAGUGUUAUGGAAGCUUAGCCACACAGAAAAAAAAAAAAAAAAAAAUAAUAAUAAUAAUAAUAAAACACCUAUAGUCCUAAGAAAAAACUGCAAAAUCUGUGCUAUUCACUGUCCUAAAGUAGCUGUUUGCCCCUUUGUAGGUCAAAAAUAAUGAAGUUUUAAAAAUGGGUAAGCUGUAUAAAUUGUGUACCUGUCCUGUUCUUCAAUUCUUCUUUAUCCUUUCUGAGCCAAAAACAAACUGUUAAGUGAGGCUGGAAGGCUGCAGAGGGGUUUUGAACAGGGAACUGAGCAUGACGGGAUCAUGUUCACAGACACACAGGACCCAUGGAACCAUCACGUGAAGUACAAUUUUCUGAUAUUCUCUUGCUUUUGUAGUUAGAUCAAUUACUUACAUGCUUUCUUUCAGAAUUUCAGUAGGCUCUUUAGUUACACGAAAACCUGGAAGCACAUGAACAGCAAAACAUUUUUCACCAUGAUUAAAACUAAUUUGACAAUAAGGUACUAGCCUAGUGAGGUUAUUCUACUGCCAAGUAACUUUGUUUACAUUUCCUAGAAUAUUAAUCUAAGUGGGAUUAGCAAUGUUUGCAGUAUUUUUUCCUCAAAGUGCUGUACUAAAUUCUUUACCCAUGAAGAGAUGCAUUGAAGAGGGAAGAACAGAGAACCACCACUCUGCUAAUGAACCCAAGUGACACUUCUGUGUUGUUUUUCCCAAAGAAAGUGCCCUACUUUCAUGUGAAAUUAAUAAUAGUAAUCGCAGGAGUGAAUGAACUCUGACUCUCUAACCCAGAUCAUUCUCAUACAUACUUUCAUCAUUACAGGCUGAGUUGUCAAAAAGGGCCAGACAGAACUUUAAUUAAAGUAAUUGGCUUGACAGUGUGAUAGGAAAACAGAGUGCAGGCAGCAAGCACAAGCAAUUGCUAUCUUGUAGUUAAAGAUGUUAAUUGUACUGUCAGUUUCCUGCUGCAAAAAAAACAAAAUAUCUCUAACAUUCAGGUGCAAUGAUAUUGCACACAGGAGUAUACACAGAAUACUGUCAGAUAUAUAAAAAGAUCCCUAUAUUAAUGCAGGAAGGCUGGUUCAGAUUCUGGUAAGUUUUGACAGCAGUAACAUACUGUGAAUGUUUCUGGAUUCUGUUUUCUGGCUGGAUCCAUUACAGUCAAUCUCCUAGAAGAAUCAGGAAGGUUAAAAUUGAAGCAUUAAAAAAGGAGUGUCAUCCAGCAUUAAGUGCAGCUAAACCACAGAGGGGAAUGGGGAAGAAAUGGUGGCAGUUUCAUAGAUAUGAUUCCUUUGAAAUGUGCUAUUACUGCCUCUUUAUGUGCGCGUGUAAGUUAUACCCUGAACUGUCAGCAAGCUUGACUUGGAAUGCUAUAGCUUCUCCUUUCCUUGGAGCCCAGCAGCUGGAGAAAUGGUAUCUGUCACUGAGGGACAACAAGUAAGCCCGAAGACACUCCCCAGAGUCAUACUGUAAAAAAAUUGAGGAGGCUUCUGUGCUUUGCUGAGUGUGUUGUGUAUCAGCUUCAGAGCAGGAUUCCACCUGUAGAAGAUCUAUGCUUUUAUUUAAAGCAUUUAGCACAGAUAACAGUUAGAAGAGCCUGAUCAGAGUUUGUUUUGUAGCAGAUGAAGCAGAACUACCUGCAGUAGUAGACUCCUAAUUAUGCUGUAAGCACAAAAGCAAUACUUUGAUUUGCAGUGUUAUUGAUGAUCCCCAGGAAGCAGGGAAACAAACUGGAUACCCUUUGUGCUUUUUCUAGUCAUGGCCUCUAGGGAUCUGUGACAACAUAUCAAAUAAUCAAACUGUCACUUACAAAUUUUAUUUUGGUCUAAGCAUCCAGCAGAUUGAUGCAGCUGCUGUGCAGCUACUGCAGCAAGGAGAUGGAAGGCUGAGCACGCGCGGAGGUAGAUAAAAGGGGACAUUAGAUAGGAUUGGGUGAGGAAAUGCAUGCAGCUAUUCCUGUUACAGUUACAGUUAUUCCUGUUACAGCCAGCCAGGGCUGGCUAUCUGUGAUUUUCCACAGCAUUAAUAUCCCCCAAAAUAAAAUAAGGGAGCAAAAUAUAUUUUCAUGUCAAUGCAUUUGCAAAAUUGAGCAACAGACUUUGAAGCUGAUGCAGCAGCAAUAGCAGAGGGACUCAUCUGCUAUGAUUAAUGUAUUUAGCAAUUUAAACGAAAAAGUGAGCUUACAGUUACCUUGAAAUUAAAGAGGUCCCCUCUCCAAAAUCCUUGUUUGCAAAUGGACUUGAGGGUUGUCAGCAUCCCAUCAAACUGCUGAGCAGUCUGUAAUAAGAAAGCUCCAGUGAAUAGAAUAAUAAAAUUCAGCAAGGUUGGAAAAGUCAUUCAAUCCAACCAUUCACCUAUCACCAGUGUUUCCCCCUAAAACACAUUCCCCAGUACAAAAUGCAAACAUUUCUUGAACACCUUUAGAGACAGUGACUCUACCACCUCCCCGGGCAAAAUAGAAGCAGCCAGACAUUUUACUGCAGCCCUGUACAUUUCUUUGGAGUUAAAAAGGAAAAUCCUUUUAUCUGGGACCAAACUAAAAUACGAGUCUUUGGUCUGUAGGUUGUUAUGCAUUUUGUCUAUUAUUAGAAGCUUUCUUGUUGCAGUUCUCAAAAUUAUUCCAGUUCUUAAUAUCCUCUUCACAUUGCUCUGCAGGCUGCUGAGAGCUAUUAAUUUCAUGUAGCUCUGUUCAUUUACACAAUGUAAUUUUACUGGGUUCCUGUUGCUAAUCACAGAGCAGAAUCUAGAAAAUUAUUCAUUCCAAGGCAGUGUUCCAUUAUAGAGAAAAAUAGGCUGAAAAUCAGAAUUGUAGAUCAAAAUGCUUCUGUGUUUUUGGAGCACACAGAGCUCUGGUAACUGGAUUUCAACUGGCUAAUGUUCAGAAAGAAAAAGGGCAAUCAGGUCUCUGAUGAUAAUGUCAGACAUCAGGGUUCUGACAAGCAAAGCUUAGUGCUUCAUUAACUUCUCAUCUGCCCCUCUGAGUCCCGCUGCUUUCCUGCACACACAGUGUGAGCUGAGUUUCAGUGAGCUAACCAUAAGAUACAGCAUGUCCUUCCUGUCUUACAGCUUGCUCAUCCUCAGGGAAACAAGAUAAUUUAUUCUUUUAGCAGAAGAGCAGAGAUCAAUAUUCUGUUAGGAAUGUUGUUACCUGGUACAUUGGUCAGUCAUCAUAAGAUCAAGGUCAGGAUGGUUUAACAAGCAGUAAGCCCUUUGCUGCUGAUCUGGGAACACCCUAAAGAACUCAAAACAUCUUGAGGUCUUAAAGUUUUCUAAUGCCUUCGAUCUGAUUUUUGUCUUUCCUCAUACAGGUCCUCUUUUUGCCUUUUACCUUGUCCUCCCAACUCAAGAUAGUAAAAUUGAAGUAAACUCUUUGCUUGUAUAUGGACAUAUAGGGAAAUCCUAGCAGGUUGGAACCAAGCAUGUCCCACUGUGGAUUUGGCACUUCUAGCACAAAGUUGAAGAAAAGAUUCCAGUAGUCUCUCCAGAACUCUCUAGGGAAGUGUGUCCUCACAUGGUAUGGCAAUUUUGUGUCAUUCUGGCCUGUUAGUACCAAGGUAAAAGUUCUUUCAUGCAAGCACAGCCACUGGUUCCAUCUUUUUGUACAAUUUGGGAUGAUUAUGCUAUCCACUCUUACCUUUCCAGUGCAAGCUGCCAGUGAAGAAAUUUUCAUUUGCAGAAAAUGCAUAGAAAGCUUCCCAUUUUGCAAGAAUCAUCUUCUAAAGUGCUGCUUAGUCUCCUGCAAAACAAACAAACAAAAAUAUCCAGGUUUGUUACACAAGGAAUGUUCAUGAGUCAAAUAUUAUUUGUACAGUAGCAGCACCUCAAUUUACUACUUUAAUCUACAGCUUCAUGCCAGUAAAUCUUAAAGGCAAUCUCAUUAUUACUGAUAAUUAACAGAAGUGGAAAAACAGAGACAAAUCAUUUUUCAGGAAUGUCUCAGACAUCACUUUAUUCCUCUUACCUUCCCAAAGUAGCCUGAUGUGAACUCUCAUCCAUCACUUCAAAAUCACUUAUCACCAUGCAUCUUCAUGCCUUCGUUUUAUUUCUCCCUUCUUAUCUUCCUUCCAUUCUCUGGCAUCAGAGCAUGAGCGUUUGGAUGUCAGCAACGUUCCUCAGCCGUUCUUACCAACCUCUGGUGACCUUCACCGUAGCAUUAUACAAAAAUUAAAAUAAUCUCCCUUCCAGUAGAUAGAUCUUAGUCAUUAUCUACUUCAGCAAACUGCAGUGUAUUUCCCCAAAGCAGAAUAGGAGAAUGCAACCAUUAAGCUUUCCAAUUGUAACAUCCGGUAUCUCUUAUAGCACAAAGGUACCUUUUUGAUUUUUUUCCCCCCACAAUUACUACUGCAUCAUUCUGUUUUCUCCAGCCCCAAGUCCUUUGUUUUUCUUUGCAAAUCAGUGUAAUUGGCAAAGUACUUAGGAUAAAGUGAAAGGUACUAAAAGCACUCACUAAAAAAUACACAGAAGAAGAGGAAAGCUCUGUAUGAUUUACUGUAGGGCCAAGCCCUGAACCAAAGGUGAUUCAGUAAAGAAAAAAAAGCACAGUGUGCUGAGAUGCUGAGCCAUUUCACAUCUAAGUGGCACUUGUACUCAGAUGUGUGGUAAAGUGGUAAAGCUGCUAUAAUCAGCUUCAGCAUUUCUAAAUCUUAUUUUUAAAACACAGUGUAGUCCUUAGGACUGAAAAGCACUGAACAACCUUCCCUCAGUCCAUGCUUGUUCUGGUAUUGAUUUGGGAGUUUCCUGAGUUCCAGUCACCAAGCUAUGUUGCGUUUCCUGAGGAGUUCAGCUCCAUUUAUGAGGGAGAUUAAAGUAUUUACAAUUAUAGAUCUAAAAUAUAUUUCAGUUGCUGUCUUCACAAGGAAGCUGAUGGUCUUAAGCAUGCAAGCUGCUCUUUGUAGAGGGAUCUUUGCCUCCACCUGGAGUCAACUGGAUUAAUAACACUUUGUCACUUCUGAAAUCUGCUUCAGUGGAUCAACUUACAUGACUAGCUCUGGGUUGCUGGCAUUCCUUUUUUUUUUUUUUUUUUUAUAAUUUUAAACACAUCUAAAGAUGCUCGUACUUCCAUACUCACAAGAAAACAAGAAGAGCACUGUAUUUUUUUAAAUGAGAAUAAAAGACAAGUCUGAAUAUUUUGAUAGAUUUGCUGGAAAGGUAUAUAACAUAGCAAACUGUUGCACUAUUUUUUCUAUUGUCUGAGCACCGAACCUGAAAAGUGUUUUGUUAUUUCUCUAAUCCUCUAACUUCUCUUUCAGUUAUGAAGCUAUAAAAGUUUAGAAGGAAGGGAAUGCAAAGCCUGAAUGAAAUUUUGAGCUAAUGUAAAUAAAUCCAGUAGCUAGCUUUAUGAGGUAGCCUUGAGGUAGCCUAUACCAUUUACUUUUCAGUUAAACAAAUAGGCAAUAUUUGAGAUACAGUUUGUUUUUCAAAAUAAACUUAUUAGUGGCACUUCCAAAAAAGCAUCUGUACUUCACAUAAAAUGGAAGCGUUUGGAAAUGACAUCCUCCUUCAGCUCACAUGAAAAAAGUUUACAGGAGCCACUUAAAAUGCACUGUCAUUUUUCUUAAUAAUAGUGGACAGUUUAAUCUCUUGUUCUUUGUCUCUGCUAUCUUGUUUUGCACACGAACGGGUUUGCUGGAUUUCUUUGUAUGUUUUUUGUAGUAUAUGGGUUGCUUUAAACAAUAACAUUUACUCUUGUAAUAAUCGUUCUUGAAAUGUGGAUCUCUGUCUGUAAAGAGAAAAACAACUUAAAGAAUACCCUCUGUUUUCUCUAAGUUUACUGUAAUAAGCAAGUUUAGCUAACAGAACUGCAUUCUUUUCAGCUCCUGUUAUAUUCUUAUCCAGUUAUUGACUGCUUUCACUGUGUGUGUACUUGGUACUGAUUCAAUCUUUUACUAUGAUGAAAAUGACAAAUUUUGUUAACAUCAGGUAGAAACCGUGUUUUUGGAUAAAGUUCUUCAAAUUGGUGGCAA